AGCCGGGGAAGUGAGCAAGCAAGGAGACUACGUUUCCCAGAGUGCACUGCCGCAAGAAGCGCCUCACUUCGCCUGCGCAGUAUUCGGGUUGCAGCUCCGGCGGCCUGCAGGGAGCGUUGUAUCCUGAAGGUUGACAUUGCUGUGAAUGUGGACAGGGCAGGCUAUGUGAGCGCCCCCUCCUCCUCCUCCUCCUCCGCUGGCUAUGAUAGUAUUUGUCAGGUUCAACUCCAGCCAUGGUUUCCCAGUGGAGGUUGAUUCAGACACCAGCAUCUUCCAGCUCAAGGAGGUGGUUGCUAAGCGACAGGGAGUUCCAGCUGACCAGUUGCGUGUGAUUUUUGCAGGGAAGGAGCUCAGGAAUGACUUGACACUGCAGAGCUGUGACCUGCCCCAGCAGAGUAUUGUUCAUAUUGUUCAGAAUCCACAGAAAAUGGAUGAAGAGGUUGAGACGGAAAGCAAAAAUGUCUCUGGCAUUCUAACAAGCAAUGGAAGAGAAGCUGAAAGCCUCACUCGGGUGGAUCUCAACACCAACCUGCUGCCUUCUCACUCAGCUGGCCUUGCUGUGAUUUUAGACACUGUGGAUGACGGCAUCUCCCCUCUAGCUGGCAAUUCUGGUGCUGCUAACUACAACAGGUUUUAUGUUUUCUGCAAAAGUUUCUGCCAAGCUGUGAAACCUGGAAAGCUUCGGGUCCGCUGCAAAACUUGCAAACAAGGGACACUGACUCUGGCAAGGGGUCCAUCUUGCUGGGAAGAUGUUCUGAUUCCAAACAGAAUAGCUGGUAUUUGCCAGUCAAGAAACUGCAGUGGAGAAGUAGCGGAAUUCUACUUUAAAUGUGGAGCACACCCAACCUCUGACAGUGAGACAUCUGUGGCACUGAACCUCAUUACAACAAAUAGUCGGUGCAUAUCAUGUAUAACCUGUACAGAUGUUCGGUAUCCUGCACAGCAGGGGGCCUGUAACCACGACAGAGUCACCUUGGGACUUCAAGUAUGGAGCCCCGUGUUGGUAUUCCAGUGCAUACAUCGCCAUGUCAUUUGCCUGGACUGUUUUCAUUUAUACUGUGUCACUAUGCUGAACAAUCGCCAGUUUAUCCAUGACCCUGACCUUGGCUACUCCCUCCCAUGUGUGGCUGGCUGUCCAGAUUCCUUGAUUAAAGAGCUGCAUCACUUCAGAAUUCUGGGCGAGGAGCAGUACAACCGUUACCAGUGCUACGGUGCAGAAGAGUGUGUUCUGCAGAUGGGUGGCGUCCUAUGUCCUACCCCAGGAUGUGGAGCCGGUCUGCUUCCUGAACCAGAAGUCAGAAAGAUAGUUUGUGAGCCAAGCAAUGGAAUGGGCUGUGGGUUUGUGUUCUGCCGUGAAUGUAAGGAAGAAUACCAUGAAGGAGAAUGCCACACACUCUUCGAAACUCAAGGAGCCACAGCCCAAGAGGGAUAUGGAGUUGAUGAGCAUGCAGCCCUACAGGCUCGAUGGGAAGAGGCGUCCAAAGAAACAAUCAAAAGAACAACAAAGCCAUGCCCUAAGUGUCAUGUUCCAGUGGAAAAGGAUGGUGGAUGCAUGCAUAUGAAGUGUCCUCGGCCUCAGUGCAGAUUUGAGUGGUGUUGGAACUGUAGCCUAGAGUGGAACAGGACUUGCAUGGGUGAUCAUUGGUUCGACUGAUCACCAAACAACACUGCAAAAAAACAGCACAUAUGACAAUAUGCUGGUACUCGAGAAUGUAGACCCACAAGCACAGCUCCUUCUACCAGGGUCAAAUCCUGAACUCCUUGCUCAGGGAGUGAAUUCCUCAUUAGUCCCAGAUUAAGGAAUUCACUUAAUAAAAACACCUAUUUAUUAGCUCGGAUAUGUAGGUAAAUGAACAGUUGUUUGUUCAGAUGGCCCUUAUGCUUCCUAAAUUAAUGAUGACACGUAAAAUUUAGAGGGCUCAUGCUUUCAUUUGUUCUGGUACAUUACCCCUUGUUCCACCAACACCCCCUAGUGGUGUUCCUC